UGGAGAAUGAACCCCGAUCUGCCAAGCUUUCGUAUCACAACGAAGAGACCACAGCACUCCACUCUCAAGACAUCUUAAGACUGACCAAAAGCCACAGCUAUGGGGAGAAAGAAAAUACAGAUAUCUCGCAUCAUGGACCAGCGGAACCGACAGGUGACGUUCACCAAGCGCAAGUUUGGUCUGAUGAAGAAGGCGUACGAGCUGAGCGUCCUGUGCGACUGUGAGAUCGCCCUGAUCAUCUUCAACAGCACCAACCGCCUCUUCCAGUACGCGAGCACCGACAUGGACAAGGUGCUGCUGAAAUACACGGAGUACAGCGAGCCGCACGAGAGCCGAACCAACACAGACAUCCUGGAGAUGCUGCGGAGGAAGGGCCUGGGGAUGGAGGGGGCGGAGCUGGAGCACGAGGAGAGCAUGCAGGUGGGCGGGGACAAGUACCAGCUGAGCGAGGGCAUGGACCUCUCGAUGGCACGCCAACGCUACUACGGCCCUACUCUCCUCCCAGCGGAGGCGCAGGUGUUGAUGAACUCCGGCUGUGAGAACGGCUACCCCAACCUCUCCAACUCAGGCCUGGGGCCCCACCGUGCGGGGGGUCCUGCCUUCAAGUCCCUGGGGCCCCGAUCGGGGGCCGCCAGUCCUGCAGCACCACCAACUCACCACCAGGGAUUUGUGACCCCACACUCAGGCAUUGGCUACUCCAUGUUCUCCCACAGCAACAUGAGCAGCAGAGGGCUGGACGUGAAGGCCUCGCCCCCACUGAACCUGGGCAGCGACGCAGGACGACGCAUGGACACACACACACCACCUGGCUCCCGCAACAACCUGACUAACAGAGUGGUCUACCACAGCAUGCAGCCUGGCAAUCCCAUGAUGCCGAUGGGCAAGGCGGGGCUGCUGGGACAUGGCCUGGCGGGAUACGGACCCCCUGAGUACUCCCGCCAAGGGUUCCCUCACUCUGCCAGCAUACAACGCAGCUCCAUGGGCCCAUGGCAACCCAUGCAGCAUGAGGCUCACAUGGCACACCUCAGCCAAGGCAUGUCAGUUGGGGGGGGCUACUCCCAGACUUCCGCGCCCCCCUCCCCCUCCUCCCUCAACCUCAGCAUCAAGUCAGAGCGCGCCUCCCCAGACUACAUCAGCUCCCCCACCACCCCCACCCCUACGCCACACCACAUGACUCCCCAUUCGCCAAUGGGCGGCCACCAGCCUCUGAGCGAGCCUCACACCUCCUCCUCCACCUCCACCUCCUCCACCACAGCCCUCGGGAGGGACAGGGACGGCUCCUCAUCCCUGGGGAGGGAGGGUGUCUACUCCUCAUCGCCGCACUGCUUGGCGCGGAGCCUGUCGGAGGAGAAAGGUGGUGAGCCUCCUCUCAGGCAGAUCGAGAGCAAUGGCGGCUGGCAGAGAUAGCCAAUCAGGUGCAGGACCAGACCACCACCACCAGGGGGCACCACUUGCCCCCCAUGAACGCACACACACACACACACACACAUGCAUGUACGUAUGCAAGCACGCACACACACACACACACAGACACACACACACACGCAUGCAUGCGUGUGCACACACACACAAACACACACACACACAUGUAUGCACACACACACAUACACACACACACAAACAAACAAACACACAAGCAUAUAUGCUACUAUACAGUAGUAGUAGGGGUGGACUGGCUAACUGGCAAGGGCUAGUAUUGAUAAUGUUACGUAUGCUUUUCAGACCACCACAUUCACUCUGCCAGGACAGACAUGAGGUGGUUUGUUUUUUGUGUCUGUGCUACCAUUUGCAGGUGUGUUGUGGGUAGGGAAGGCUAUAAGGCCUUUUCAUUGGAAUGGCCGUAAAAGUCCUCCGAGGGCCGUACUAUGAACACAAACCAGGAUUUCCCUAUGCAAUUUAGGCCUAUAUUGAAGGUAGACACCUUUAAAACAGAUCCCACCUUCUCUAGGUCCCCUGAAUAUGACUUAAUUGUAUUGGAAAUGUAAUUUCUAAGCUUCCUUUACAAAAUAUGUCAUAUUUCAUGUGAAGCUGCAUAACAUUAAAAUCAUAUCGGGGGCCGGAUAAAACGGCCUCAAGGGCCGCAAACGGCCCUCGAGACGUAGGUUCCCCACCACUGCUAUAAGAUAAUGAGCCCGGUGAGGGUCUUGGUGUCUUGGGGGAGAGACAGGUCGAUGAGGGACCUCCGCGCGUCAUAACAGUGUUCCCAUGAGAACGGCCUGCUGUAAACAAACAGGAACACAUUUCCAAUACAGCUCAGAGCGUCACACUGAUGUUAUAACUUUCACACAUAUUGGCUUCACCAUUGGUUAUUUGUUUGUUUUAUACAAUCAGCAAACGGCAUUUGAUGCCUUCGAAACCAAUGUUCUCAGAUGGUGAUGUAUUCUUUGUGUGAAAUUAAUAUUAUAAGUACCAGUGUCUUUCUCAGGGAUGUUCCAUUGUGUAGAAUGGUUGUAUCCACAUUCAAUGAGAGUGAUAUGUAUUUCUUUUUUAUUUCAAAAUUAUUAUAUUAUUAUAAAUGUUUUAUACCUUUAUAUAAACAUUUUUGCAUAGCCUGUGAGUUUUUGGAUUUACAGGAAGACCAAAGGUUUGUCUUUAAGGAUUUAUUUGCAGAAGUAAAGCUUGGCUGUUUCAUGUCAAAUUUGAGUUAAGUUUCAUCAGCUGCAGGGAUAGCAGCUAGUUUCUGCCCCUGUUAAUAGUGAAGUACGCCCUCUGGCGUUUAUAAUGCAAAAAGAUGCAGGUUGUCCUUAUUGCUCUAGCGAUGUAUACCUUACUUGAACCGUAUGCUGUGGCGCUUGCAUGCACUUUAAAAAUUUGAUUUCUGCCGUGUUUGUUAUUUUACUUUUCGUUUUCAGUUGCCUUAUUUUGUGUGUUGCAACAAUUUGACAUCCUUUCACUGAUCAUAAACCAUACUACCAACUUCCAAGUAAUAAUAUCCUACCUAUUUGAGCCCAACACUGAGGAAGUUGAAUUUCCUUGCGUGGAAAAAUAUGAAGCACAAAAUGUCAAAGUAGUCUUCCAGCCCAUUUCGUCUUGGUUGCUGUUCACUAUAUUGUCCACCAGGUGUCAGCGUAAGUCCAGCUCUGUCAGGAACGGCUCUGAGCUCUGUCAGAGCCGUUUAUAAACGGCUCUGAGCUCUGUGAUGGAGCGAGAGGAGGGAAAGGAUCAGGAGAGGGGAUGUAGCCAGCCUAUCAUUUUGACGUGAUCUGUAAUAAGCUUUGAAGUGUAUAUUUAUUUGGGCGAUUUUUUUUGUUUGCAUCUUUAGAACAGGCUACUUUUGCCUAAAUAAAGUUUUUUCUUA